CACUUUUUUUUCUGCUCAGAAUGCUUCACUGCUCCCGAAUUUACGACAAAGAUGACGACAGUUGGGGAAAGUGUUUCUUUGAAAUGUCCCCAAAAUUACAAGUUUCCUGGGAGUCUUCUUUGGAUCCGACUUGUUUCUAGAACCUUUCCUGAAUUUAUAUUUGGGACGUCAACACACAAUUCACGCUUGAUUGAAAACAGGACAUUUAGCAUUGCAGAGCGCAUCUCAGCCAAACGAAUGCCAGGAGAGUUUGUUCUGCAAAUUCGAAAUGUGCAGAAAAGUGACAGUGUGGUCUAUUACUGUUUGAAAGUGACUCAGCACGAACUGAAGUUUUUGACUGGAACAUUUCUUCAGGUCAAAGACAAUUACAGUAACUCAGCUGCUGCAACUCAAGGCUCGAGGUCUGUUGAGAGCCGCUCAAGAUCGUCCGUGACUUUACGGUGCUCGGUCCUCAAGCCCCUUGGGAAUAAAACAUGUACAGACGGACACAAAGUAUACUGGUUCAGAUCUGGUACAGACGAGGCACAUCCCAGCUUCAUUUACGCUCAUGAAGAAUGUCAAGAGGUAAAAAAAAACUUGGUGCAGAAAUGCUUUUAUGGGUUCUCAAACAACCUCAGCUCCUCCGAUGCCGGAAAGUACUCCUGUGCUGUGGCUGCAUGUGGGGAGAUUUUUAUGGGAGAGGUCACCAAAAAAGUUCAAAAUGCGGAUGGGUGUGAUUUACUCCAGUAUCUGGGAGCAGCUUUGGCCCUGAGCGUCAUCUCUUUAGCCUUCCUGAUCAAAAAGAGCGUGACCCAAACAUGUUUUUGCUGCAUAGGUAAGCGAUUCUGCACAUUAAUAAUCAUCACGAGAGGUUUUUCAUCUUAUUUGAUCCGGUGAGAAAUCCUUCCAUGGAGCUCCUCGGAUUUGUACACAGCAAUUAAACAUGACCAUAAAUGUAACCAUAAAUGUUUUACAUAUUUUUCAGAAAACACAUCAUAACGUCACAAAUUCAUCCAUUUAGUGAAGAAAAAAAUAAUAUCCAGAGAAUUAAAAAACUAAAACUGUCCUCUGUUAUGGAACAAUAACAAAGAUGUAUUUUGUCUGAAUAAAAAGUCGAGUUUUUCCGAGACCUUCCAAGAAAGUCGGAAUAUUGUGACAUUGAAGUAAAUUUUAUUCAAGAUAUGGCACCUUUAUUUUCUACAAAUAAUAUAGACCUUUAUACCUGUCAUAAGACACUUAUUGUUGGGGAAAAAAACUCUAUGAAUGCAGGGAUAUCAAAUUUAUGUGAUAAUCGAUCAUAACAAUCGAUCUGUUCCGCAAUGCUUUUAACACCUUUUAAUCUCUUUCACCCAUAUUUGCUUUUUUGUUCAUCUAAAUGUGCUUCUGGGAAAUUAUGUAUGCUUGUUUUAAGUGCACAUUUUUAUCCUGUGUUUUAAGCUAUUGUAAAGUGUCUUUGAGUACGAUGAAAAGCUCUUUCAAAGAAAAUGUAUUAUUAUUAUUCUUAUUAUAAUCAUAAAAGAGCUUUUCAGUGGCCCACCUUGUGAUGCACAUGACUUGUUUUCUCAGAGUGACGAGGACUCUUUGGUUUAUUCCAUGACGAAAAUAAUCGUCAGGAAAAGUGGCAAAGGAGGCCAGACGGAUGUGAGACGUCCGGACGAAUGCAGUACAUAUACCGACGUUUGUGUCGUGAGGAGAAAUUUCAAUGAUCCCUCGUUUUGAAAAAGUUACUCAGGAAAAGACGAUGAUCAAUUUUAUUUCACGAUAAUAUAAAAAUGUUGAGGUUGUAUUUGGAAGGGUCAUGUCGUAAAGCGUCAUCAUGUGCUCAUGUUUUACUUGAAAACCGCUGCAAAUAAAAUUGCUGUAUUUCUUUGUUUA